UGCUGCUCCUCACUCCGGGUGGCGACUUCAGUGACAUGGACGCAGAAGCCAGGAGCAGAGCUGACCUUGCUCUCCCAGAUCCACAGGAGCAGGCAGGUGCACCUGAAAUAGAACUCUUGGAGGUGCCUCCCCAAGAGGGGACUCCACGGGAGAAGUUGGCCUCAGCCCCACCACGGCAGACAUGGUCAUCGUUUCUGAAGAAAGAGCUGGAAUUCCUGGGGGUCACACAAAUCCUGGUUGGUUUGCUGUGCCUUUGUUUUGGAACAAUUAUCUCCUCUGUACUCAAUACUUCAGACUUUGAUGGAAAAGUAUUUUCAUCAUUCCAUGCAGGCUACCCAUUCUGGGGAGCAGUACUUUUCCUUAUCUCUGGAGUUUUGUCAGUUCUAUCUGAAAGGAAAAACGCCACUGUGUACCUGGCCAGGGGCAGACUGGGGGCAAACACCCUCAGCAGCAUAGCUGCGGCCGUGGGAAUUAUCAUCCUGGUCCUCAGUCUCAGCAACAGCUCGGCCUACAUCAACCGCUGCAAGAGACUGGAUGAGAAUGACGACUGCCUCGUGGCUUCCUUCACCAUUGAAAUUGUGGCCAUGAUGCUGUUCCUCACCAUCCUGGGGUUUUGCACCACUGUGUCACUCACGCUGUAUGGGAUUGGAGAAGAAUGCAAGGGGAACAAGGUUCCGGAUGAUCGUCUUUAUGAAGAAUUAAACAUUUAUUCCCCAAUUUACAGUGAGUUGGAAAACAAAGAGGAAACAUCUUCCCCUGUGGAUUCAUAAGAAGUGUGUGGCAGGACUUUCUGAUUCACAGUAAAGGAUCUGAAAGCCGAAGUCUAUGCUUGUGAGGCCACCGGCCAAAUUUCUGUUCCCUACACAGUCUGUCAGUUUUGCAUUGGAUUUCUCCUCUGGAUAUCAAUAUUUUGUUUGCUGCUUUUAAAAACCCAUCUUAUUUUUACCAGUGCAUGUUUUCAGUACAUAAUGAUUACAUUCCCAGUGGGGAGUUGGUACGGGGACAUCACACAGCCUAAUUCUCUUUUCAUCCUCUCUCUCUCCCCUCCCUGUUUUAUUGCUUGUAAUCGCCUAUGUGUUCCUGUCCCUCAUUUGUAGAUACCCCAGACUCCCUUUUUUCUUGCUGUCUGUUACGAUCUCACACUCACGCCUUCUGGGAAAUCCACAUGGAGUAAGUGAGGUUUACUGUGCGUCUGUAACUGGGAAAGCAAGGAGAGGGCAGGGCCGAGCCAAACCGACCGUUUGCUAAUAGCUGCUGCUUAGUUCUUUUCAGGGUUCACGCAGCUCCAGCUGUGUGUGAUAUGCACUGCCCUGUGCACACCCCACGUGUAUAUGCCUCACAGGAUGGUGGUAUUCUAUAUGCCAAUGUGUAUAUCCCUCAAUAACAUAUUUUUUCAGAGACACAAAGUUUUAUAAAAAUCUUUGAAUUGCCUGAAGCUCCAGGGCUUUCACUGACAUGGUAUUGUUCAGUACUGCUGGGAGACUGGUGAAUAGGUGGUGGGAGUUUUAUUAAGUUACUCGGUAUCUGAUGAAAUGGAAAGGCGAAAGCAGAGAAGCUGUAAAUGCAGAGUUUGUUUAAUAAGACAUAAAAGAUAAAUCAAUUUACGACAACCCUAGCGGAAAUUGAUUCAGUGGGAAUGGGAAUGAUCGUAGCUAAGAGGAGUAUAAAAAGACUGGUAGUUUUUUUAUCAUGUUAAAAUUAAAGGGAAAAGUUGGACAAUUAUUUGACUAAUACAAAGCCCAGCAGAACACUUAGUAGUGCUACAGGUGGUGGACGUUCAGAAACAGGAAUGAUGGAGAAGGAGUACAGUGAGACCUAAGUGAAGCUCAGGUUUAGAUUUUCAUUUUGAGGAGAAAAGGGAAAUGAAGUUGGGGAGUGCCUGAGGGCGUUCAGGACGGAGUUCCAGUCAUGGCACCGUCUGAUGAUGGCGGUUUAGAGUCGUGCUGAGGGACGGAAUUAUUAAAGGGGAUCUGGCAAUGGGGGAUGGGAGGAAGGAGAGCACAAGGGCAAGUCAAACGCAUCGAAAUAGACAUGUAUCUGUACCACUUCCCUCAAUAAAGGUGUUUAACAUUUCUAUUGAGAUACACUGAUAAAGAUUUAAAAAAUAAGGGAAGCACAUUAACACUCUAAGGGAAUUCUUUUGAGAUAGAAGUAAAGCCAGGUUAAACUUCAUGUGCCUGGAACCAGAGGAGAAAAAUAAGGAUAAAAUGCAGAAGACAUGAGUUGGUCAGAGAGUACAUUGCAAAAGAGUGGAGAGCAGAAAGCCCAAUGUGGAAAGGCUGAAUGAAGAGAAAACAGUUAAUACUCAGAGACCGAAUGUCAGCCUCCGCGGAGAGAGGUCCCCCGUGAUGAAUCCACUCGGAGACAGAGAGAAAAUAGCACGCGGAGUGAACGCAGAUGGCGUGAAGGCGGUCCCCAGGGACUCUGGUCACAGGCGGAUGAGCAGAACAUCUGCAAAGAGGGAUUGAGAGAGAGAGAGGUGGGGUGGUGGUGAGCAACACGAGAGGAUGACGAAGAGAAGGUCAGAGGGAAAAGUUAGCUAAGUGAAGUGAUUUUGUUGCUGUUGUUUUUAUAUGUAAAAUAAGGACAAAGCAGCUCAUGUCUAGCUUCAGUAGAAAAGCGCUGUGGGAACUGAACAGUUUGGGGACAUUGGUUCCCUCUCGGUCAUUUACCACACACCCAGGUCUGGCACACACAGAACACACAGCCACUGUGCUGUUCACAGUUUUUUCUUUUUUGUUACCAGAAAUUGAACCCAGGGCCUUUGCACUGAGCUACAUUCUCAGAAUUCUUCAUUUUGAAAUGAGGUCUCAAUAAGUUGCUAAGUUGCCCAGGCUGCUCUUGAACUUGUGAUCCUCCUGCCUCAGGCUCCUACAGUGCUGAAAGCUUUUCACACUUCCACUGCCCCAAAUUAUCUUUCUAACUUUCAGCUUAAAGGUCGUCUUCAUGAAGCCACUUAAUAUGCCAUCUGUUUAUCCGACCUUAAUUUCUUGCUCUCUACUCCAGCCCAUAAUGAAGCAUAGUUAAUUAUCACUGUACUUGUGAACUCCUGGUACUUGUACAAUAAACUGGA